UCUAUUACCUCACGCGCCGAAAAAAUUUGGGCAGCUACAAUGGAUAUGAAGGUCUGUAUUUUGUCUUUAAUAGCAUCCUAUUAUAGACCACUACGUGUGGAUCCCGUUCCACAUUCUUAUACUUCCUCUAAAACUAACACAAGUUCUAUUUUCGAAAAUUUCAGAUUCCCUAGGACCACGAUCAAACACCACUCGGCUGCUGCUCACGAUGGGACAACGUGGGCCAAAGCUCAUCUCUGACGGAUUUUCAUUCACCAUCAACAGAAGGAAUAAGCUGGCCACGUAUUGGCGUUGCACGCAUUCACGUGAGAUUCGGUGCCGGGCCAUUUUGGUUACCACAAACCAGGGCAGGAAAGUAUCCACCGGUGCAUAGCCACCUGGCUGAUUAUCCCGAAUUGAUCGAAUGAAUAUUUUUGUGCGGGAUCAAAUUCACGCCAAACUAGCAGCAGAUGUACCAAGCUUACCAUAGUAUUUCUUCCAUUGCAGACAUCGUGUUCAUAGUUAACAGUCAGGGUGGUAUUCAGCUGAGCGUCAAUCGAUUUCCAUACAUCCAUUCGAAGACGAACGACGACGUUCAGUAUUGGGCGUGUAGUCAGGCCAAAGUGUUGGGCUGUUCGGCUCGUGCCUCCGUUCGCCGCCGAGAGCCGGGACAAAAACCGGCCGUCAAGCUCAGCGGCUGUCACAACCAUCUGAUCAUUACGGAACGUCGCAGGCAUGGCGAGAGUGCGAUGCUGAAGAUGGCCCGUGGACGGAAAGUGCUGCCGGAGAAAAGACAACGCCAGUAGCGAGCACCGAAAGAAUAAAUCUGUGGGAAGAGCUUUGUCUUGAUAUUCUAGUACUGCGCUAUCUUUAAACUCGUCUGUAUUUCAAAGUAGUAAUUAAAAACAGAUCAAAUAGAUGCAGUUGAUGGCCUAUGGACAAGAAGUAUUGCCGGAUUAGAUAGAAUAAAGCUGAGGGAACGUUUUAUGUUAAUAUUCUAGUACUGCUCUAUCUUUAGUUUCGACUGUAUUUCAAAGUCAUGUUAAAAUAGAUUGAUAUCCAAA